CACGCCUUAGCAUUAGCAAGUCCUUUCAAUAAUCUGUGAAUUGCUAUGCAAAAUAAGCGAAAAAUCACUGACACAAUGUUAAAAAAGUAACAAUAAUAUUCACUAUAACGAUUAGAGUAAAUGAUGAAUUAAGUUAAUUUAUUUUUUUAUUAUAUUUUCUAUCUAUCUUAUAAGCUACUCAAACACGCAGUGUUUUUAGAUGGCGCAGCAUUAUCUUCAGAUCACAGAGCUGUGCUUCACAAACAGUCUGUGCUAAAAACAUAAUCGCUGCCUUUGCUAUUACACAAUAACACUAUAGAGAUCAAUUUAACCAUGAUGACAAGUGUGAUUAAUUUAGCAGCCAUAGAUGUUAAAAAGUACAUAUUAAGAGAUCAUGUAACUUAUAUUUCAUACAUUAAUAAUGUUUUUACAUCUUGUGUGUAAACUUGUUGUUGGACACUCCAUAAACCAAAAUAGGACCUUAAAUAUCAAGGAAUAUUUGCUCUUUAAUGUUUUUUAUCCUACUUGAUUUUGUUGCUGUAAUUAAUGAAGUUUUAUUUGAUGAAUGUUUAAUUAAUUCAUCAUGUUUAAGUGAACUAAAUUAAUUGUUUAUGAGUCGGAUGAAUCGGUUGAUUAUUUAAAGUUUAAAACAGAUACUUGAUACUGUCAAUCACAAAGUUCUUUUAUCUAGAUUAACAUAUUUCAAUUUCUCUGAACAAGCCCUCAACUGGAUAAAAUCAAACCUGUCCAGUAGAACGCAAUGUGUCUCAUUCUGUGAAUGUCCAGUCGGGGUCCCCCAAGGCUUCAUACUUGGUCCAAUUCUGUUUACAUUGAAUAUAAAUGAUCUGCCAGAGGCAUGUGAAGAUGUUGAUGUUCAGAUGUGUGCAGACUAUGCAGUAACCUUCACAUAUGCCAAGAACUACCAAGAGAUAAAAACUAUGUGGUAUUGUAGUGCGCAUGCCCAGUAGAGGUAUCUGUAUCCCUUUAAGUCAAAACCCACAAACUAGCGUCAAACGGAAAGCUGAGCUCAGAGAUCGGAAAUGUCAGUGACAUCUUGUGUGUUUAUCAACAUCAGAACAGCGUGUAGUGAGAACGUGUGUAUAAAGUAUUGGUGACCAGUAGAUUAUUUUGCGUUAUUCUGUGUCUACACCCGACCCGAUUCGAAGCAGUGACGGCAAAAUAAUUAAGGAUCUACAGACACCUUUUAAUUCCUCAGUUUAAACUGAAGAGCGAAGACUUGUAAUUAAGUCAACAGGAAGUAGAAGCGUGUGGUGUUAUUCAGGCUGUGUGAGUGAGUGCCUCAGAGGUGCAAAUACUACAUAGUUUCAUAAAAUCAACGGAUUAUCUCCAUUAAGUCAUUUGGUACUCAAAGGAAUAAACAGAAAAAUGAAGAUCAUGAUUGUGUGUUUAUUACUCGUGUGCGGUGUGUUUAGUGUUGAUGCAGAUGAAGUGAAGUCAGUGUCAGUGAUGGAGGGAGAUUCUGUCACACUACACACUAAUGUCACUGACAUACAGACAUCUGAUGUGAUACGGUGGAGGUUUGGAGAAGGUGAAUCCAGGGAUCUUUUAGUUGAUAUUGAUAAAAACACUAUCAAAUAUAAUGGUCCAUUCAAAGACAGACUGCACGCAGACAUUCAGACUGGAGAUCUCACCAUCACAAACAUGAGAAUCAAACACUCUGGACCCUAUGAAGUACAGAUCAGCAGAGCUACAACAACAUACAAGAGUUUCAGAGUUAAUGUCACAGUUGCUCCAAGUGUUUUCAGUGCUGGUGAUGUGAAGUCUGUGACUGAGGGAGAUUCUGUGACUCUACACACUGAUGUCCAAACACAGAGAGAUGAUCUGAUACUGUGGAGGUUUGGAGAUGAUGGUGUUCUCAUAGCUAAACAUGAUAAAGAAGACAAUAAGAGCUCACUAUAUGAUGCUGAUGGGAGAUUCAGAGACAGACUGAAGCUGGAUCUUCACACUGGAUCUCUCAUCAUCACAAACACCAAAACCACAGACACUGGACUUUAUAAACUAAAGAUCAGCAGCAAUAGAGACACAAAAUACAAGACAUUCAGUGUUUCUGUCAGUGAUGGAGGUCUAUCUUCAGGAGGUGUAGCUGGAAUAGUCUUUGGUGUUCUGCUGUGUAUUGUUGUUGUUGUAUUUGUGUUUUACCGCAUUAAUUAUGAACGUCAGAAACAAAUGGUUAAAGAAAAGACAGUGAUUGAGAACAAGAGUUCUGUCACUCUUGAGUCUGAUGUCACUGAACUCCAGUCUGAUGAUGUGAUCGAGUGGAGCUUUAGAGAUAAAGUGAUAGUCAUAUUCAGUAUGAACAACAAGCUCUUUACUGAUGAACAGAGACUCAGAGACAGACUGCAGGUGGAUGAUCAGACUGGAUCUCUCAUCAUCACAAACAUCAGAACAGAAGACGCUGGACUGUAUAAAGUAAAGAUCAGCAGCAGCAGUCGACAGAAAUCAUUCCUUCAGUUCAUCACAGGUGGAGGACCAUCAUACCGUCAAUUCAAUGUUAUUGUUACAGAUGAAGAGAGGACAGAAGCAGAAGUGUUGGCAGAUUCUGUUUCUCCAGAGAUUGAUGUUACUGAAAGGGAGACUGGUGAUGUGAGAGCAGGUGCUUCAUGUAUUGUUUAUGUCAGGGAUGUUGUGACAGAUUCAACAGGAUCAGCAGAAGACCCAACAGUUGUGAAGCCUUUACUGAAUGAAGCAGAAGAUGUAGUAGAUGCUCAGUAGAUGUAAAUGCUAGAUCAGCUGAUAGAUGCUCAACAUCACUCCUAUUACAUCAUCUACAGCAGCGUGUCUCGAUGAAAGCAACAUUAUUUGAAUUCAGAUAUUCUUUGUGGGCGUUAACAAGUUUAUACCAAAUAUCAAGUCAUGAUGUAAAUGUUUACCUGCAGAACAUUAUGAUAUGCAUCAAGAGCAGCUAGUGCGCAAACUGUGUUUUGACCACACACGCACGCACACACCAUGUGAUGAUUUCAGCCAAUCACAGCAUGUUCAGAAGUCGAGCGCGACAGUGAGCACAACACGAUACGCUCACAGUCCUCGUGACAUGCAUCCAAAAUUCUGCUGCUUCACGCCGGACAAAGCUCUUGACGGCACUCACAACCAAGAAUUGAGAAACAUACCAAUAAGUUCUUAUUCUCCUCGAGAUGCGAGCACCACCUUGUCUGUAGAAAACCUUUGGAACUGUGUGUACUUUUACUCUUACUUGAGUGUUUGUCUUAAAGAAAUCUGUACUUUUACUUCGUUACACUGCAUGACGUUCCUUUGUUACUUCAUUCCUGAGUGACUGAUUCUUUUGAGUCGAUUCUUUUCAAAGCAUUAAUUGAACACUGGAGGAAACCAGCAGAACAGUUUCAUGAAUCACUUCAGAUGAUUUGUCCAUAUAUUCCACUCAAGAGUUUUUCAUUUAACUCUCAUUCCUCACAACCUGUGUCUGCACACUCUCUGGAGAAGACAAAUCUGCAUAAGCUACUGCUUAAUCUAUAUAAAUAAUAUUUUAGUUUGUAAUGCGUAGUCUGUCGUAAUGUAUUGUUUUUUUGCUCUUGGUCUACUGUCACAGUAUUUUUGUAAGUCUGACAGAAACCUAGUGUUUAUGUUCUGCAGACAGCUAGAUAUGUUAUAUAGUGUUUAUUUCUAUUUCCAGCACUGUGACAUAAGAGGUUCUUGUAAAUAAUAACUGUAAUAUGCAUCACUGGUCAAUCAUUCAUCCAUGUCAAUAAAAACAUUCUGCUAACUACUAAAACAAGAUGGAAACAACCAAACUAUGGGACGCGUGAAGGAACAAACAGCUCAUAAUCUACUUUUUUAUACAAAAAUAGACACGAUGCAUUAACACUUUUAUUUGCUUGGUGUGAAUCUCAUCUUUAUAGAUGUCAUAUAUGUACAUGUAACAGUUCUGAUACACCUUUGUGCCUGAUCAGUUUAAUGGAUGAACACUUUUUUAUAAAUAUUGUUUUAAACAUGUGCUAGUUUUGUUUUCAGCUUUGACAUGUGUAACUGAAAGAAUACAAAAUAUUUGCAAUUGUCUUUAGUAAAUGAAUAAAACUUUACUUGAAAUGUUUGGGUCUGUGUGUUACAUGAUU